GGCGACCCUCUAAAUUCUACAAAAGGAACAGCUUUUAAGACCAUCGAAUUAAGCUAACAGAUUAUUGUUGUAGUUCUUCUUACAUAAUUAUCAAACUGCUUAUUGUAAAAUUUUGCCGGGAAGGAGGGGUGUCGUUAUGAUCCGCUCCUGCUCGGUAUGUUUCGUCCGUCUCCGUUCGAACUUCGUUCAUUUCCGGUCAGUGUCGCCAUCUGCUUUCUCGUCCUUCUCCAAUCUCCGUGUUGUUGUUCCCGGUGACGCGGCGGAGGUGUAGCCUGACGCGGGCUCUUACGUGUCGGCCAGAAUAAAAGUGGAGCUCCGGAGGCCCAGGAGUGACGAAGGGAGUCUGUAUCGUCGCAGCACAUAAACAGUUUGUGAGCCCGCCGCUACAGAUGCUGCAGCCGCAACUCCACAAAAGUUCAGUUUUAACAACUUCUCCGUCCUCAGCUCAGCCAAUGAAGAUGGAGUCAGCAGCGGAGGCUCAGCAGGGGGCGGAGACUGCUGUGACUGAGACGGAGAACCAGCAGAUCACUCCAGCACAGAUCGCCACUUUGGCACAGGUAUCCAUGACAACAGGUCACGCCUCCGCAACAGGUCCCACAGUAACGCUGGUCCAGCUUCCCAACGGACAGACAGUUCAGGUCCAUGGUGUCAUUCAGGCUGCACAGCCCUCUGUUAUCCAGUCCCCACAGGUCCAAGCUGUACAGAUCUCCACCAUAGCAGAAAGUGAGGAUUCACAGGAGUCAGUAGACAGUGUGACUGACUCUCAGAAACGCAGAGAGAUUCUGUCACGACGCCCCUCAUAUAGGAAAAUCCUGAAUGACCUUUCAUCCGACGCUCCAGCCGUCCCUCGUAUCGAGGAGGAAAAGGCUGAGGAGGAUUCAUCUGCUGCGGCUGCCACACCCGCAAUUACCACCGUAACCGUCCCCACACCCAUCUACCAGACCAGCAGCGGCCAAUACAUUGCGAUCACACAGGGCGGGGCCAUUCAGCUGGCUAAUAACGGUACAGAUGGAGUCCAGGGCCUUCAAACUCUGACCAUGACCAACGCAGCAGCUGCCGCCCAGCCUGGAGCCACCAUCCUCCAGUAUGCACAGACCAGCGACGGCCAGCAGAUACUGGUUCCCAGUAACCAGGUUGUUGUCCAAGCUGCCUCCGGUGACGUCCAGGCCUAUCAGAUCAGAGCAGCCCCUGCCAGCACCAUCGCCCCCGGGGUGGUCAUGGCCUCUUCUCCCGCCCUCCCAACCCAGGGUGCCACUGAGGAAGUGACCCGCAAACGAGAAGUCCGCCUCAUGAAGAACAGAGAGGCGGCCCGUGAAUGUCGCAGGAAGAAGAAGGAGUAUGUUAAGUGUCUGGAGAACCGAGUGGCUGUCCUGGAGAACCAAAACAAGACACUAAUUGAAGAACUUAAAGCUCUUAAAGACCUUUACUGCCAUAAAUCUGAGUAGUUCAUGUCCUGAACAUCAAGCUGGGCCAAGUAGCAUUUCAGUUCCUUUCAAAUACUUUGACUGUUUGAUUCUGCCUGUCUGGCCUUCCAGUUUGCACAUGGCUGGCUCUCUCUCUCUCUGACGAUGUCGUCCUAAUUCAGUUCUGCUCAUUCCUUUUCCUCAGUAGGCUGUCAGUAUAAUACAUUUAAAAUGGCAAACAGUAUAAAUACAUGAUCUAGGUCUGACUAUAGAUGUUGGCAAAGUGCUAACUGAAAACUUUAUAGUCUAAACAGUCUCUAGAAUCCUCCGUAUUGCCAUUAAAACUAAAAUCAGCUGCUGACAACAAUUAACAUGUGGCUUCACACACCUUUGUCAGUGAAGCUGUAUCCUUUUGUUGUAGUUUGGCUAAUCCUUAUAAUUCAGCAUGCGAUUGAACUCAUCAUGGUCAUUGUAGAGAUGCUUCACUAGAAAAGAUCGACAACAAGGUCCAGUGAGCCCAAGAAAAUAUUAUCCUUAAUAUUCUUUCAACCACAACCACAACAAAAACACCUCUCUCCAUCUAACAUGGCUUCUCUAGUCUGGUCAAACAAAAACAUGAACUUUCAUCCUGCUGGUUCAGAUGGUUCACCACUAAGUUUGUCACCACUGCUAACCGCAGAUCUCAAGUACAUUUUUUAGUUGUAUGAAAUUUAAACUGUUGUAAGGCUGAUAUUUCAUUGGCCUCAUUAGACCUCAGUGGAGCAUUUGUUUACCGCUGUUUGUAAGCAAUAAUCCAUGAUGAGUUGAGCUGUGUGGGAAACAUCACCAUUGCUGCUAUGGUUCCCUGCAGUUUAAUUUAUCUUGCACUCUGAUUUGGAACAGCAGUUAAAACUGUGGGUGAGAACUACGUUUAAGGUGUCCUGUGGCUUUACAGACGCCUGCCGAACACUCAUGAAAGAAUAUUUUCUGUUGCCACGGUUGCCGCGGUACUGUUACAUUCAUGGUGCUGAGUUCAGUUUUAAACUCUUGUUUUGGCCACACCUACGACAGGAAGACUCAGCUUGUAAACAGAAAUAUAAAGAUGAUUUGCCUUUGAUAACAAUUGAAUCCAUUGAAAUUGUGAUAUUAGUUGAUGUUUUUGCCUGCUUUAUACUGCAGUGUGUUCGAAACAUACUCAGUUCUAUAAAAGUUAAGACACGGACCUGACCUUUCAGGCGGGCUCAGUCAGGUGCAGUUAAAGGCUUUGAAUGAAUGCGAAUCUCUACUUGAUCCACAUCCUGACGUGAACCAACUUUUCAACAAUGUGGCCACUUGUAUCGGGGACUCUACAACUAAUUGGGCACAAACAAGUAAUUUUUUUUCUAUUCGCUCUUAAAGAUGCUACCAACUGCCGAUAGUGAAGGAAGUGGAAAUGUGUAUGUCAGCGGACGGUGGAUUGAGACAGUCGGGUCUGUUAAAAAGGGACGUAUUUUAAUGUGACGUCACACUACUCAUUUCACUCACACUUGUUUUUUUGCUUCUCCACAUAGACGGUUGACAGAGCUGCUAUUAAAAUAAGAUUUUGAUAGCGUUGCCCAUCAUUUCUAUUAGCUAUAGUAACAAUUUAAUAACAUUACAUUAACUCCAGUAGGUCAGCAACACAAGGGGCCAUUUUAUCUUAACAAAAUUAAGAUGGUUGUUGCAAACUUCACAGAACUACUUCUAGGUUUGCUUUGGCUCUACUUACUGGGGCUCUGUGCUCAAGUAGUUUUUCAAGGCAACGCCCAGUUUUACUGGACAUUCACAUGUGUUUGUGGUUUCAAUUUGAAGAUCCCGGUUGUACUGAAAUGCACAUUCAUUAACACCGGAGACACAGAUGUUUUCCAGGCCAAACUUGUCGAGCAGCAUCUUGUUGUGCCAAAAGCCAAUUAUCAGUUUGUUGUCAAAGAUGACCACCAUGAUCAAAAUGAUCAUUUCAACAUGUCAUUUCAUUUUUCACUGUUUUCCAAUAUUGUGUCUGUUUUGCAAUGUCCGUUAAAUGGUGGUAAAGUAUGGAUUACAACAACCUGUGAGAUUGCGGAGACGUUUUUUUGAAUAUGCAGCAGAUUGGAUUAUUCUACAGAUGAUAUAGGCUACAAUGAGUUUAACUCUAAUGACCCGUGGAAAUGUGCAUUCUGUUGAAAAGAGAUCACUUUUGUUGGACUGUGGUUUUUGAGAAGAUACAUGUACGUAUUUGUCUGUUUAUUUUUUUAUAUUACUGUACAUAGACUCUACAGCAUGUGUAGAACUCAUGUAUUUCUGUUUAUUUGAUAUGAAAAAUGUUCUUAUGGCUUGUAUGAAACAACUUUGCAUAUUUGUAACAUACAUCAAUGUAUAAUAGAAGAUAAUGUAUGUGUGUAUUCAUGUAAUCCACCAGGCCUACCACCAUCAUGGCAGCUAAGUGUAUGAAAAAAAGGCCUUUGUUGGAGAUGUUAUAUUUUGGAGUGCUGUACUGUUUAGGAUUGAAAAGUGUUUUGUUUGUAGAGAAGAGCGAGUCUGUUGAGAGCAGUUGGGGUCAACAACUUAUAUCAGUUUCUAAAUUCACAGUUUUGUUUGUGUGAAGACUGACUCUCAGCCACACGUUUGUUUUUAACUGUAAAUGUAUUUUUAUCUCAUAGACCUCGGCAGGAAUGGCUCCAUCAGUAAUCCUUUUUUAAUAUCUUCCACUUCAUCAAAUGAAAGCACAAAUUUUCUUUCCACUGGAGCCCUUUGUUCUGUUUCUUUUACCAUGCUUUGACUGUAUUUGUUUUACUACGUAGUUACAUGAGAUUUUUAUUUUUUAUUUUUUAUCGACAUCAGUUCCAGUGGUAAGAUUUUCUGAUAUUAGCUCAUUACAACUGGAAACUAACCUGUAUCCUCUCUGAGCAAAGAUAAAAGCUCUAAGUUCAUUCAGUCUCAGUCAUGAGCUGAGGCACUAAUGGUGGCUAUAACAAUCAGUGUCCCUUCUAAAAAAUGUUGUUUUUUAAAUCAUCAGUUCAUGGUAGCUCUUCGAGUUUUAUUUUUCUAGUUUUAAACAUUUUCGAUAUUGCACAGUAUGCAGUCUGUCUUUGUAAUGUAUAGAGGAUUAAAGGGUUGAACUGGCUAAAGAAAUCACACAGCAUCUCAGAAGGCCCUGAAUGAAUCCACAAUAGCGUGUACUGUAGCUGUACAUGUCGUCCCUGUUUCACCCCCUCCUUCCUGUCACAGUGUGGUUUAGAGAAUUCUGUGUGGAGACGUGAGAAAAUGCAGCAGUAAACUUUUUGUAAUGCAUUUCAGGGGAUGAAAUGAAGUCUGACGAACCACACUUUGGCCCCUCGCUGAUUGUUAAACUUAUUUUAGAGGAGAGGAAGCAGCAAAUCUGAUACUUGUGCCAUUACAAUACCUGAGUUACUGAGAUCAAAACUUUUUAAGUGUAUUCAAAGAAAAAACAUUUCCACCUGUUGUAAUUCACACAUCAAGUGCUGGUGCUGAAAAAAAAAAGUAAUAAUCUUUUUUCUUUUCUUCUGUUGAUUUGAUAUAGUGAGCUCAACUUUGUGAUGUGAUUACACAAUAUCUUUCCAACAAUACCAACAGUGUUUUCUUUUCUGUGCCAGAAUAGUUUUUACCCACGGGCCUCAUUUGUGCAUGAAACAGAUUGAUAUCCUUGUGUGUAAAAGUAUAUAUAGAGAGAAUUUCUAGAACAGUAAUAAUUACAUUUUUUCUAACUUUUAAUGUGAUGAGUUUGUAUAUUGCCACUUUUACAAGUUAUCAAAGUGAUCAAACAACAUGCUGUGUAUUGUACAGUAUCUUGUAGGGACAAGAUCACCCAAUGAUGCAUUGCAUACUGUUUGUUUCAACGUUGUCACAUUAUAAAACUAUACCAGCUCAUUAAUUGAAAGUGCUGUUACUCUGACAUUACAUCACUCUUUUGUAAACACUUGCUAUGUCGCAAUAAACUGCUCUUGAGGAUUGUUAUGUA